AGCUUCACAUUGCUUCUUUUUGGUGCAGCACUUUGCAUUUCCUGGUAAAAGAAUGACUGCACAGAUGUAGCGUUUUUACCAAAAGCGCGUCUAAAUAAUAACUUUGUUACAGUAUUGUGUUUGGACUACCUAUGGGCGCCUUAUACAAAGCUUUAAAUUAUAGUUAGUUACAAAAAUAUAUGCUGUAACAAAUUUAAAUGCUUGCAGUGGUAGGUGGUAAAUAAUAUUAUGCUAAGGAAACAAACAAGAGCCCUCGCACACGCGUACUCGGCAGCUCGGCCUGUGGUUGCACUUUCUGUGGUAGAUUACUCUGCCCUGACUAGAUCAUGACCUUUUUUUCUCGUUUCUUUUCCUGACUCAGAAUAACAAUACGGGUUUGUAAUACUGUUCCAUACCACUGGAACUUCUGCUGGUACACCAGUCUGGUCUGUGAGGCGAAACUAUCAACAAACAAUUAAUAUAUAGGUGUAGCAGUAAUGCAAUCUAUUCUCCUCAUCUGCGCUGUCUAAGAAGUGAAGCCAUGGUGGAUGUGGGAAAGUGGCCACUAUUCACUCUCCUGUCAUCUCAAGAAAUUGCUUCAAUCCGGCAAGCGUGCGUGUUUGGCACCUCCGCAAAUGAAGCCAUAUACAUAACACAUAGCGAUGAGGUUUUUGUUUUUGGUCUUAACUGCAGUAACUGCCUGGGGACCGGUGACAAUCAAAGCACGAUUGUGCCAAAGAAACUGGAUGUGCUGUGUGGAAAAAAGAUUAUUAGCCUGAGUUAUGGCAGUGGGCCACAUGUUCUACUUGCUACUGAAGGUGGAGAGAUGUAUGCCUGGGGGCACAAUGGCUACAGCCAGCUGGGCAAUGGGACUGCAAACCAGGGCAUCUCUCCUGCACAGGUGACAUCCAACCUGACGCAGAAGAAGGUGACAGAAGUGGCCUGUGGCUCGCACCAUUCCAUGGCCUUGACAUUGGAUGGAGAAGUCUAUGCCUGGGGAUACAACAACUGUGGUCAAGUUGGAUCGGGAUCUACAGCCAAUCAGCCAACACCUCGCAAAGUGUCCAACUUGCUUCAGAGCAAAGUGGUUGUCAGUAUUACCUGUGGGCAGACGUCCUCCAUGGCAGUGUUAGAUAAUGGAGAGGUAUAUGGCUGGGGAUACAAUGGGAAUGGGCAGCUGGGUCUGGGCAACAAUGGGAACCAGCUAACCCCUUGCAGGCUUACAGCAUUGCAGGGGAUGUGUGUGCUUCAGAUUGUAUCUGGCUAUGCGCACUCACUAGCACUAACAGACGAGGGCUUGCUGUAUGCCUGGGGAGCUAACACUUACGGGCAGCUGGGCACAGGCAAUAAGAGUAACCAGCUCAGCCCAGUGCAGAUCAUGAUGGAGAAGGAAAGUAGGAUUGUGGAGAUUGCAGCCUGCCAUUCAACUCACACUUCGGCUGCAAAGACACAGAGUGGCCAGGUGUUCAUGUGGGGUCAGUGCCGGGGCCAGUCCAUCGUCCUGCCACACCUCACACACUUCUCCUGCACCGACGACGUCUUCACUUGCUUUGCCACCCCGGCCGUCAUGUGGCGUAUGCUCUCCGUAGAGCACGACGACUUUCUCACAGUAGCUCAGUCUUUGAAGAAGGAGUUCGACAGCCCCGAAACCUCAGACUUAAAGUUCUGUGUGGAUGGGAAAUGUAUUCACGUUCACAAAGCAGUUUUGAAAAUAAGAUGUGAACAUUUCCGUUCAAUGUUUCAGUCGCACUGGAAUGAAGAUAUGAAAGAAGUGAUUGAGAUUGAUCAGUUUUCAUUCCCAGUGUACCGCGCCUUCCUGGAAUACCUGUACACUGACAAUGUAGACCUGCCUCCAGAAGACGCAAUAGGGCUGCUGGACUUGGCAACAUCCUACUGUGAGAACAGGCUAAAGAAACUCUGUCAGCACAUCAUCAAGAGAGGAAUCACAGUAGAAAAUGCUUUUUCCCUGCUGUCUGCAGCGGUAAGAUACGAUGCUGAGGAUUUAGAAGAGUUCUGCUUCAAGUUUUGUGUGAACCACUUGACGGAAGUCACUCAGACUGCAGGCUUCUGGCAGAUUGAUGGCUCUUUGCUGAAGGAGUUCAUUUCCAAAGCCAGCAAAUGUGGAGCCUUUAAAAACUGAAACUGUCUGCUCCGAAGACAUUUACCACAGCAAAACUCAAUAACAAUGAGAUUCUAGGUCACCAGGUUGCAAAGCCAGGGAUGACCUUUGGCUACGUGUAAAUCAGGCUGCAACCACCACCCCUGCUGGUAACCCACAAAACAGCUUUUUUUCUUAGCAGAAGUUUCUUAUUUUUGUAGGGUGGAAUGAGGGGUAUAAUAUUGCAUUGAUAUACUGCAUCUAUAUAUAACUUGAAUAGUUAUUGUUUUAUUGUUACAGGAUAGCAGAAAGCUUAUUUGUUUUCAAUAUUUGUAUUAACCCCAGUUUAUAAUAAUUUGCACAUGUAGAUACACCUUUUGUAUAUUCCUUAUUGACAAUUUAGGUAACAUUUCGAAUGAUGCAUAUCAUGAUGAAACUAAUUAAAACAAUUGCACUUAUUUGAAGGAUUGUAAGGAUUCCACUUGAGUGACCCUGAAUAUAUAUUGAACGAAGGGACUUUAGGGAAAGUUCAAAUGGGGUGUAUUACAAGUUUCAGCCAUGUCUGCCUGCAUUUGCUAUUAAUAACAUAUCCACCCAUGCUGUGGCCACAGUGCUAAAUUUCAGUACUGGCACAUAAGGAACAAUGUUGAAGUGCAGAUAAGGUUAAUUACUAUGAAUGUUAUCAAAGAGUGAUACAAUGCUGCACGAAUGAGCCAAGGUCAAACACACCUCUUGAUACAGUAGAUGCUCAUAGUGAAUUAACCAUGUGAUUUGCGAGUAUGGGAUGCACAGCAUGCCCUAGGCUGGUGUCUUGUAUUGCAUCAUUGAGUUCCCCAUGGCUUGUUCAGUACCAGUACCAAAAUUCUGCUAUCUGUGUCUGAUAACCAGUCAAGUGACGUUAUGCCUGCACUAGAUGCAUACAUAAUGAUUUCUUUCUUAAACAAUGGAUAGGUUCUUUUUUGGCAAAUGGUUCAGUGACCAGGAUUGAGCUUAAAAUGUGGUUGUGCAUGGCAUUUAGUAGUGCAUAAUUGAGAUGAGAUUUAAAAACAAAGGGUGUCCUGGAGAAACCUGUUAACCCACAAUUUUAUUUUCUCUUGAACCUAUCCUUGCAUCUUACUGCCAUCCACUACAUUUUUCUGAACACUGAAAUGUUGGUGGGUUAUUGAGUCUCUGAAAAAUUACAAUGAUAUGCGUGAAACUGUUGAUAAUGAAACAAACAUUAGUUUAGAACGGUUUCAUAAAUAUCAAUGUUAUUUUUCACGUAAAUGAUUGGCUGAAGAUAGUCCUGUGCACACCUGACCUGCUCUGUGAGUGGUUUACUGCAUUUAUUGAAUAUUUUAGAAAUAUUGAAGAGUUGUUUCCAAGGCAGGUGAUUAAACUCCAGAUUGUUAAAUCUUCUAAUUCCGGUAUGUGUUUGUUCCAUACUAACUAAAUUGAAUUUUUGCUGUAUCUAAGAAAAUGUACAGGAACAGUCUUGUCUACUUUCUACUAUAUUAUCUGACACAUAAUUUGCAUUCUUAAAUAAAGUUUGCAUUGUACAAUCUGA